CAUGGCGGAGCGUCACAUUCCUGUAAAGAUGAACCACCUCUGCUGUCGAAUCUGCAGAAACCUUCUCAGGAAUCCCGCGACUGUUCCUUGUGGGCACAACUUCUGCAUGAGGUGCAUCCAGGAUCGCUGGGACCGUGAAGAGCUGAAGAACAGCCUCUGCAGGUGUCCUGAAUGCGAUUAUGAGUUUUCCUCCAGACCUCAGCUGAUCAGGAACACAACUCUGGCUGAGGUGGUGAGAGACACAGAAAUGAGUUAUAGUGAGGAGGAAGAGGAGGAGCAGCAGGUCCCGAAGAGACCUCGGAGCUGUACAGAAACAUCAGGGAGCACUUUGUGUUGGAGGCACAACAAGCCCCUGGAUGUUUACUGCUGCACAGAUGAGCAGAUCAUAUGUGCACAGUGUACUUCAGCUGAACAUGGAGGACACAGAAUUGGGUGGGUGAAGGAGGAACGGAGGCGGAAGCAGGAGGAACUUAAGAACACGCAGACAAAGUUUGAGGAGACGUUUCAGAAGCAAGUAAGGAAACGGAAGAUGAUGGGGGAGAUGCUCGGACAGAUUCAGGACGAGGCGAGACAAACAGAAGCCUUCUGUGAAAGCGUCGUAGUCGGUGUCAUCGACUCCCUUCAGAAACAUUACCUAUCGGUGAAGAAACUGAUUGCAGCUCAGGAGGAGGCGGCAGCAGCUCAGGUUCGUGUCUCGCUGCAGAGGGUGGAGGUGGAGAUGAAGGAGAUGAAGAAGAGGGAUGCCGAGCUGGACCAUCUGGCACAGACUGAAAGCAACAUCCAUUUCCUGCAGAAAUGGCCUUCUCUGAAGCUCAUCUGUGACCGUAUCUGCUCUUUCCAUGAGGCUUCAGAGGACCCACUCCUCCCCUUUGAGCUUACAAAGAGAGCUGUUGAACAUCUUGGGAGGGAACUGGAGGAAUUCUGUGACAAAGAAUUUGCCUCAAUCUGUCAAACUGGUGGUGAGGAGCAGCAGGAAUCAGCAGCAGCAGAAGAAGAUGAUAUCCAGCAGAGAUGCGAAGCCAGUAACUCACACCCCCGUGUUAGCAGGACUCUGGCUGAACAGAACGUGGAGCCCAAAACAAGAGAAGAGUUCCUGCAGUAUGCAUGCGAGCUUUCUUUGGACCCCACGACAGCUCACGAGGACCUGGCUAUUUCAGAAGGAGAAAAGGAGGUGAUGCUGUGCCAUCAGAGAUCCAAGAAUCCUGGUGUUCGUUACCCAGAGAGGUUUAUCCAUCGGCGGCAGGUGCUGUGCAGGGAAGGACUGCAGGGCAACUGCUACUAUGAGGUAGAGGUGAAAGGAGACAAGGCAGAGAUUGCUCUUGCCUACAAAGGAAUAGAUAGAAAGUCCCGCAAUAAACUGUCAGCCUUUGGGGCCAACGCAAAUUCCUGGAGUCUCGAUCGCUCUAAAACCUACUCCGUGAGCCACAAUUCAGAUAGCAUCCUGCUCACAACACCACCCAGUCAUCACAGGAUUGGAGUUUAUCUUAAAUUUCAAAAUGGAACUCUGUCUUUCUAUGAGGUGUCAGACAGCAUGAACUUCCUGUACAAGGUUGAAGCCAAGUUCAGGGAGCCGCUGUAUCCGGGAUUCUGGCUCGGAGAGAAAAGUUGGAUCAGACUCUGCGAUCUGACGCAGAACAGACUGUAAAACUACCAAAGAGGGCUGCAAACAUCUUCCUAUUUAAAGGGAAAUAAAAACAAUAUGUUUUGAUUGCUGUAUAGAUUGCACAGUGCACUGACAUGUCUGUUUCCUGUGUGUGGGGUGCUGGAUAACUGGAGCCCAAAUUUUCUGUAUUUUUUUUUCUUAAAUUACAUUAUAUAAAGUUGCACUUUUAUACAUGCUGGGCAUGCUUUAGACAAAGAGAUGAAAAUAUAUUGGACUGUGGACCCUGUGCUGAUUGUAGAAGACUAAAAUCAAACUCUAUUUUUUCGGGUACCAACGUUUGAUUGAUUGGCUUAAGGAAUUUAGAGCAGGUGAGUUCUUUAAACUCUAUAAGUUAUAUUUAAAUAUCAUAGUUUGUUAUUUUAAUGUUGAUCUUAGCUGCAGUUAAAACACACAGCAGCUACUACGUGUAUAUUUCUACUUUUUCAUGCUGCUUGGAUCCAGGGAAGGUACAAUGUGACUUAUUCCACGAGUGAGAGACUCUGUACUGACAACAGGUGUGUUAUUGCAUCAGUAGAUGUGGUACUCUUUGUGUGUUUUCAGGGGUUUAGUUGUAUUAGUGCACAGAAGAACGGGUUCUGGGACUGAUCAGUGAAGAACUUGCUCAAGAAGUUGAAUACUGCCACAAACCUUGACUCAGGUGAAAUGAACUUUUGAAACCAUUUAAUACAUUUUUUUAAUGUCUCUGUUAAACUGUUACACUGCUUUGUGGGAUUACUGUGUGUCCAGAAGAGGGCACCAUGUGUCUGUGGUUUGCCUAAUAUUAUAGCCUUGUAUGGAAUGCCAUUUAAGUCAAAUUAAACAAAUAAAUAUGAAAUAAAUAGAAAAAAUGAAAUAGAAAUAAAAAUGCUAUGAAAUAAAUCCUGAAAUG